UGUUGACUUUGCCUUAUUACACUCAGUAUCCGAAGUUUCAUGUUUCAAAAUGUCCUCUAAAACAAUAGUGUUGUGCGCUUCUAUAUUAUUCUUUUUAAUUCUUCUAGAACGUAAUCGCUAUUUCUCAAAUAAUGUGAUCAACAUUUAUUUUAAAAGUGAAUUUAGAGGUCGAGAGCUUGUGAAGAGGAAAUUGUUUGCCGAUUAUUUGAAGAGAUUCAAUAAAUCGUACGGCCCUGAUGAAGUUCAUAAGAGGUUUCGAAAUUUUAAGAAAAACCUCAGAGAAAUAGAGAGAUUGAACGACGGUAGAAACGACGCCGUGUUCGGUGUGACCAAGUUCUCAGACUGGUCCAAGCAGGAGUUACAGCAAAUGCUGUCGCCAGAGCUCGGGAGGCGCUGUGAUUCAAGGGAAAUUUCCUGCAAUCCUCGCGGGUCAGCUAAAAGGAUAUGGAACUUUGCAAAAACCAAUGAUGGAAUCAGAAAAAGGUUGCCGGCUGGAAAAAAACGGAGUUUUGGAAAGAGAGGGAAAGGGAUUAAUAGUUAUGGUGGAAAUGUAGGAAAAAAAUUGGAUUGGCGAGAAGAGGGCGCUGUCGGACCGGUCGUAGACCAGGGCCGUUGUCAAAUAUGCUGGGCUGUAUCCAUAGCGGGGGUCAUGGCGUCCAGGGCCGCUAUACGCGAACACAGCUACCAAGGCUUGAGCAUACAGCAACUGAUAGACUGCUCGUAUUACCACGAAGAGAACAAACGAGAGUGUGGCAGAGGAAGGCCCCUGCUCGAAGUAUUCGAGUUCCUAUGCUCCGAACAAACACGGCUAGCAACGGAUGUCGACUACCCCCUCACUAAUGCUGACGAGAAGUGCAAACAUGUCCCUGGAGUUAUUAGUUUGAAGAGAUUUAACAAUGAGUGUGAUAUGUACAAAGAUGAAAGGAAGUUAGUAGAAGCGUUGAACGACGGCCCAGUGACGGCGCUGGUCUGGGCAGAACUGCUCUUCAGCUAUGACAGCGGCGUCAUCAGUUGGCAUUGCCAGGUUAACGAAGACGAGUUAAACCAUGCAGUGCAAAUCGUUGGUUACGACACGACCAGUAACCCCCCCUAUUACAUUAUCAAGAACUCCUGGGGGGAUGAUUGGGGAGAGGGGGGGUAUGUGAGGCUCGCUAUCGGAGGCAACCAGUGUGGUAUUGCCUACUCUAUUGGGAUUUUAGAUGUUUAAAUAUGUUACUUGUAG